CCUACAUUCUUAAAUGUAAAGCUUUCAAGAGACUCAAAACAAUUACUUGUUUAUUAUUGUGACUGUAAUAGAAUUUCUGAUAACUCAGUGUUUUUAGGACUAAAGAGUCUAAUGCGGUCAACUCAGAAGCUGCCAGCCACAGUCGAUUUAUGUAAUCCACAUUUUAUAUUGCAACAAAAGAAAAUCCUUCAAUUCAGCUUUUCAUCGACGUCCACUGCCUCGUGGGGGUGCGUGAGGACAUCUGUUCCUGCCAAGGCUAAACUCCAGCGUCCAAUCCCUGAUCCCACACCUCUCCCGUGGACCUUUAAAAAGCCGCUGCGCGCCACGCAUCAGUGCGCAUUCGCUCCAGUCUGCGAACACCUCCACUUCUCCAAGACACUCCUGGUUUCAACUCGGUGGCACGUAUUCAGCCUUUGAGAUGUCUCUUCAAAGCAAUAUUCUGCACCUGGCCCGCAAGAGUCUGCUGCAGGAUUCAUGCAAGCAGUUUCUCCUCCAAACCCACGGGCUGCACAAGUCCGUGGCGAAGGGCUCCCUGGAGAUCGCGGCGCACAGUCAGGAGGAUCUGAAGGAGGAGAACAUGGUACGCCCCGUCGCUGAGGAGCAGACGGUAGCGAGAGUGAAGACCCUCCAUGAGAUGCCCGGACCCAGCACCAUGUCGAACCUCAUUGAGUUCUUCUACCGGGAUGGGUUCAGCCGCAUCCACGAGAUCCAGUUGGAGCAUUCUCAGAAGUAUGGGAAGAUCUUCAAAUCUCGAUUUGGACCUCAGCUGGUGGUGUCCAUUGCUGACAGAGACAUGGUGGCACAUGUUCUCAGGACUGAAGGUGAGACUCCUCAGAGGGGUAACAUGGAGUCCUGGAAGGAGUACAGAGAUUUGAGAGGAAGAUCUACUGGACUCAUCUCAGCUGAGGGUGAUGAAUGGCUGAAGAUGCGCAGUGUUCUGCGGCAGCUGGUUAUGCGGCCCAGAGAUGUGGCUGUUUUCUCCCCUGACGUCAACGCUGUGGUGGCCGACCUGGUGGAGAGAGUGAAGACACUGCGUAGCCAGCAGGACGACAGACAGACUGUCCUUAACAUCAAUGACCUGUUCUUCAAAUAUGCCAUGGAAGGUGUUGCAACCAUUUUGUAUGAAACCCGCCUGGGCUGCUUGGAAAAUGAAAUUCCCAAGAUGAGUCAGGAGUACAUUGCUGCACUGCACCUCAUGUUCAGCUCUUUCAAGACCACCAUGUACGCCGGGGCCAUUCCCAAAUGGCUGCGCCCCAUCAUUCCCAAACCUUGGGAGGAAUUCUGCAGCUCAUGGGACGGCCUCUUCAAAUUCAGCCAGAUCCACGUGGACAAGAGACUUUCAGAGAUCAAAAAGAAGAUGAAGAAAGGUGAAGAGAUUAAAGGAGGGUUGCUGACUCACAUGCUGGUCACCAGAGAGAUGAAUCUGGAAGAGAUCUACGCAAACAUGACAGAAAUGCUUCUGGCUGGUGUGGAUACGACCUCUUUCACACUGUCAUGGAGCACAUACCUUUUAGCAAGACAUCCCAUAAUACAGAAGGACAUUUUUGAGGAAGUCGACCGAGUGCUGGGUGGGCGUGUCCCAACCGGAGAGGAUGUUGCUCAUUUGCCCCUUAUUAGAGGGCUUGUUAAAGAGACUCUCAGGCUUUUCCCUGUUUUGCCUGGAAAUGGACGCGUUACACAGGAGGAUCUGAUUGUUGGAGGUUAUUUCAUCCCUAAAGGGACUCAAUUGGCUCUGUGCCAUUACUCCACCUCUAUGGAUGAAGAGAAAUUCCCUCGUCCCGGAGAGUUCCGUCCAGAUCGUUGGAUUCGCAAGGAUGCCUCUGACCGUGUCGAUAACUUUGGCUCCAUCCCGUUUGGCUACGGCAUCCGCAGCUGCAUCGGGAGGAGAAUAGCCGAGCUGGAGAUGCAUCUGGCUCUUACACAGCUCCUGCAGAAGUUCCACAUUGAGGUGUCUCCCCAGACUGCUGAUGUGCAUGCUAAGACUCAUGGCCUGCUCUGUCCGGGAUCACCUAUCAACCUUAGAUUUGUGGACCGAAAGUAAUCUGCCAUUACACUGUGUGUGAAUUGAAACCAUAAUCCAUACUGUGCUUUUUGGAGUCCAAAGACUUUUAGUGUUUUUGAGUAUUAUAGUGCCUUUUCCAGCUUUUAUCCAGCGAAGAAUGUUGCUUUUAUUUAUAUGAAGUGCCUCUAAGCUUUUGUGUGAAAGCCAAUCAGAGGACCAAAUAUGUUACAAAUGUUUAGAACAGGCACUUUUUUGUAUAUUCAAAUCAAUACGAAUAACUUCAAGAAUUGCUUAAUUUACAUCACACUAUCUAUAAUUUUCUCUUGUGGCUUUUUCGUUUUCACUUAAUAAUUAAAAUGAAAUAUGGUCAAGAAGACCUUGUAUAUAGAUGUUUUACUAUUAAAUUAGCUUGAGCACUAAGCUCAUUAUUUAUUUAACAUGGUACGCUUAUGUAAGCUUAUUGACUUUUAGCUCAAAAGCAGAAAAUUCCUAAAGCAAACAUAAAGUAAAUCCUAUUACAACUACAAAGCUACUUUAGAAGACCGUGCUAAAAUCCUGUCCUGCGGACACUAAUAAUAAGAUAAGUACCGUGUGAGUAAAACACCUCAAAUCAAAGCAAUGUCAUUGUAUUGAUUUCAGUGUGGCUAUUAUUAUCUAAUUUGUUAUUCAAGAGCGAGGAUUUUUAGUUGGCCCCUUUUUAGUGGAAAACAUUUUAAUGUGAAAUGCUAAAUUGUGCCUCUUUUUUCUUUUUAGUGCAUUAGCCUCAUAGGCAACAGAUGGAUAAUGGGAACUGGUGGAAAUGAAAUAUUUUUCUUGGAUAAAAUGAAUGUUGUUUUUGAGGGUUGUGAACUUAAUGCAUUGUAUGACAUUUGGAAGUGUGAAAAUGUGUAAGUUACUGAAUUUUGUAUGAAUGAAUACAAUUUGAAGA